CCAAAACUUUCAACAGCUACAGAAGAGAGCGGUAAAGAGGACGACAGCAAAAGAAAAAAGGAAACAAACAACCGAUUAGAAUUUAGAAAGAAGAAGAAACCGCUUUCCGAACUGAUUCAUUUUCAAGUCUCCAGCUCUUUCUUGUCAGCUCAGCUCCCAAACUUCUUCCCAGUUUUAACAAUCCAUCAAGAAAACUACCCCUAAGCCGCUAAAUACAUACAGGCUUCCCUUCUUUCUUUCUCUUUUGUUUCUUCACUCAGUAUCUCCUGGAAGUUUCUUCCGGGAUUAAAUGUAGUCUAGAAUUUUUCUGCCAGUUUUUCCAGCUUUGAACUGAAGAAUUCUUCACGAAUAUCUAAAAUGGAGAGUGGGCCGAGCUCAGAAACUGGAGGGAAGGCGGGAAAACAAAAGGGGAUGAAGUUGGGGUCAGUUUUGCCAAAGAUUGAACCUUUUAAGCCCAGGAAGAAUUUUUAUGACCCAAGGGAGCUGGGAUCCUGGGCUAGAAAUACUGGUUUUGUGUCCACAUUUUCCGGGGAGACCGAUAGGGGAAGUGUAAGCGGGAGGAAUCCUCAAAAUGAGCCUGGAAAGUUGGAUUUGGAGAAGGGUAUUGAGAAAAAGGAGUCUCUAUCACCCACAAUUGAGCUUGAUCCUAUUUUAGGCAGGACGUGGAAUAGAAGAGGAAACGAAAUAGAGCAAGAUUUGGGAUUUGGAAAUGGAAAGGAUCAGAAGGCAACUGAUGGGGUUCUAGGGUUGAGAGAUGGAGUAUUAAGGGGUGAGAAUCAGAGAAAUCGAGUUGGUUUUGAACUCCAAAAUGUUGAAAGGAGAGAAACUUACAGUGAUGCUGGAAUUGCCCACGCAAAUAGUGGGAAUGGGAAUGAGAGUGGGACUGGGAAUGGCCAUGGAGUUCAGGCAGCAGCCCAAGUUGGAGAGCUGAAGAAAGACAGUGGAGAUGAUGGAGAGGAAGAAGUGGGAAUCCCUUCUAUUCCUGAUGAUGAGGAAGAGCGAGGUUAUGGAGGAUGGCAUCAAUCACCGAAAUUAAAAUGUGGGAUGGAGGAAAAUCCAGGUUUUGUACCACAAAUAUACUAUGGGCUUCAACACUUUUUGUCAUUGGCUGGUUCGCUUGUAUUCAUUCCAUUGAUUAUAGUCCCUGAAAUGGGUGGAUCUGAUAAGGAUACCGCUACUGUAAUUUCCACGAUGCUACUUGUAUCUGGGAUUUCCACAGUACUGAACUCCUUUUUUGGCACUCGACUUCCACUGGUUCAAGGGAGUUCAUUCGUUUUUCUUGCACCUGCACUAGUCAUUAUGAAUUCUCGAGAAUAUCGAAAUCUUUCUGAAAAUAGAUUCAAGCACAUAAUGAGAGAACUACAGGGGGCCAUAAUUGUCGGUUCCAUUUUCCAGAGCAUCUUGGGGUUUAGUGGCCUGAUGUCUUUACUUUUGAGACUAAUAAACCCAGUUGUUGUUGCACCUACUGUUGCUGCAGUGGGCUUAGCAUUUUUCAGCUAUGGCUUUCCUCAAGCCGGUACUUGUGUGGAAAUCAGUCUUCCUCAGAUAGCAUUAGUGCUUCUAUUUACAUUGUACCUUCGAGGAGUAUCAAUUUCUGGAAAUAAGGUGUUUCGGACGUAUGCGGUACCCCUGAGUGUUAUCAUCACAUGGGCAUAUGCUUUUUUCCUGACAGCUGGUGGUGCAUAUAAUUACAAGGGUUGUAACCCAGACAUUCCUAGUUCCAACAUGCUUAUUGCUGCCUGUAGAAGGCAUGCAUAUACAAUGAAACACUGCAGAACGGAUGUUUCUGAUGCCAUGAGAACUGCUGCAUGGGUGAGGAUCCCUUAUCCAUUGCAGUGGGGCAUUCCUAUCUUCCACAUGAAGACUUCAGUCAUUAUGAUAUUUGUAUCGCUUGUUGCAGCAGUUGACUCGGUUGGGACAUAUCACUCUGCUGCUAUAGUAACUAGUCUGAGGCCUCCAACACCCAGUAUUGUCAGUAGAGGAAUUGGUAUGGAAGGGUUCUGUAGCUUGCUGGCUGGGCUUUGGGGCUCCGGCACUGGAUCUACCACCUUGACUGAAAAUGUUCACACCAUUGCUGUAACAAAGGUAGCUAACAGGAGGGCGGUACAGUUUGGAGCACUUUUCAUGAUCCUCUUCUCUUUCAUAGGGAAAGUGGGAGCCAUUCUUGCUUCUAUACCCCAGGCUUUGGCAGCUGCUUUACUGUGCUUCAUAUGGGCUCUUAUGGUAGCAUUAGGCCUUUCGGCUCUGCGAUACACUCGGACAUCUGAUUUCCGGAAUAUUAUGAUAGUCGGUGCUUCCCUGUUCCUUGGAUUGUCCAUUCCAGCUUAUGUUCAGCAGUAUCCAUCACAAUCUAGCUUGAUACUACCAGGAUAUCUUAUUCCCUUUGCAGCUGCAUCUGACGGGCCAGUUCACACUGGUAGUAGAGAUGUUAGUAUCAUUUUUCCUCCUCUUUCUUCUUUCGCUGUGAAGUUCAAUGCUUUAAAUUUUCUUCCUCUGAUAUUAUAUUAGAGUGAAGCCUGAUAUUCUUAUUUGUGAAUUUCUUUCAGCUUGAUUUUGCACUGAAUGGUCUUCUGUCGUUAAAUAUGGUGGUAACUCUUCUGGUGGCUCUUGUAUUGGACAAUACUGUCCCGGGGAGCCGGCAAGAGCGAGGGGUAUACCUAUGGUCUAAAUCUGAAGACAUAAUGGCUGAUGCUUCCUCAAUUUCACAGUAUUCUCCACCAAGUAAGAUUGCAGGGAUUUGCAGCUGGGUAAAAUGUCUGGGAUGUUCUUUGCACCGACGUAGAGACUUAGAAGGACCCAUAAUAUAAGAUUCUGCCUAGUAUAAUAUUGAAAUAGUGCAGAGAUAUACAGAAGAUAGAUACACAAAUUUUGGGUUUUAUUUAAUAUACAGUGUGCUAUUGUAGAUUAAAGAGUGACUGAUGGCAUCGUAUUUGUUGUUAGUUAUAGGAGAAAAGAUUGAUUAUUCCUUCAAGUGAUAUUUAAGUGGUUCAUUAAUGUGCAGCAAGAAAAUUGCCAUUUCUUAUAAAAUUUGACACCCACUUUCUUUUUUCUUUUUGUUCUCUGAAAGAGAUGAUAGAAUAUACCUCUUCCUCCA